AGCAAGGUCCCCAUACGCCUGUGUUAUCAGCAAUAUAAGGGUUUUUUUUUUAAAAAAAAUCAAAGUGGGGAGGGGGGGAGGAGACUGCAAAUAAUAUUAAUACGAAAGCGAUAUAAAAUAUUGGAAGGGCCUUCAAGAGCCAUCGCUUCUCCUCCUGUCUCUUUUCCUUCCACCCACCCACCCACCCACCCCAUUUCCCCCCUCUCCCCCCUCCCUUUUGCGCUGGGCCCCUGGAAAAAGCCAUGAAUUUUGAAUUUGAGAGGGAGAUAGGCUUCAUAAACAGCCAGCCGUCGCUAGCGGAGUGUCUGACGUCCCUUCCCGCUGUCCUGGAGACAUUUCAAACUUCAUCAAUCAAGGAACCACCGACGUUAAUUCCUCCUCCUUUGGAACAAACCCUCCUCAGCUUGGUUCCUUCAUCCAGCAGCCAGCCGACGCCAAGGAGCCCGAAGAGAGCCAAGCAUGGGCAGGCCCAGCGAGCCCCGCCGCAGCCCGCGCCUUUGGCAGGAGAAUUCCCCUGGAUGAAGGAGAAGAAAGCCUUUAAGAAAGCCAGCCAGCUGCCUGCCUCGUCUUCUUCGCCAUCUUCCUCCUCUUCUUCGCUGCCUGGCUCUGCCGUCGGUUCUCCUGCAGACGCGCAGGGCUUCCUCGAGGCCGGCGGGAGCGGGUCCCGGCGCCUGCGGACGGCUUACACCAACACGCAGCUGCUGGAGCUGGAGAAAGAGUUCCACUUCAACAAGUACCUCUGCAGACCGCGCCGCGUGGAGAUCGCCGCGUUGCUGGACCUGACCGAGAGGCAGGUGAAGGUCUGGUUCCAGAACCGGCGCAUGAAGCACAAGCGGCAGACCCAGCACAAGGACCUCCCCGACGGGGACCCCGGGAGUUACGCCGGCUUGGACCAAGGCGGGGAAGAGGAGAGGGAUCACUCGCCCGUGGGAGACCCCCUGGAGAUCCCUGGCUCUUACCCGCUCGACGGAACCGAACCUGGCAAGGGUCCCGGCGCGGGUUACUUGACGCCCCCCGAGGAAGGGGCCCCCAACGCGCCACCAAAUGGGGCAGCUGGCGACCGCUCUUCUUCUGACUCCUCUUCUUCCUCCUCUUCCUCCUCUUCCUCCUCCUCAGACAAUGCCUGCCCAACAAGCCAGAAGUCUCCUUUGUUGCCUCCGGAUCUGAGCCUCUGCUCGGUGGAUUCCGGCCCCCCGACGGCAGAAGGGCUUUCUCCCACCCUCCAGGGGUUCUUAGACAGCCCGGUCAACUUCUCCCUCGACGACCUGGACUUUUUUACGAGCACGCUUUGUACUUUCGAUCUGCCCCAUUUGAAUUUCCAGUAACCCCCACUGCCACCACCCCGUCAAGACCCUUCCCCCCAUCCGCCUUGUGCCCCUCUAGAAAGAUACACGCAGGCAUACGCAGCUCUUCUCCCUCCAUUUAAGCCAAGAGGAGAGCCCCCUCCCCACCUUUUCAUGUUCCCUCUCUUCUGGGGACCCCCCACUGAAAACACAUUUCCUUGGAAAGUUCAAUGGAAAGAGUCUUUCAGAACCAUUUUUUCCCCAAAAUGCAGGUAUUUGUUUCUGAAACUGUCGUUUGUUUUUAAAGAACUGGUGCCACAACACUAGCAAAGACACAACAGGGACAAAAUGAUACAAAAAGGGCAUACAUUUGAUGGUUAAAUCCACAGAAGACACACCCUGGCCUUUAAAGAUUUUUUUACAAUCUAUAUUAUCUCUCCUGAUCCCCCCCCCCCCCCAAUACCCACUGAGGCGCCAUUGGAAAUCUCAGCACUACCAGGACAAAAUGUCUGUUGAUUUCUUGACACUGAAUUUCUCAGGAAGCAAAACAAAACGUUUAGAUUUCUUAACGUAAACAUAAAAAGUAAAAGAAGGAAGAACGUUUUGAAGAAAAAAAACCCCACGAAAACAGAGGUUUCCCCCUUUCUUUUUAUGUUUUAGAGGUAGAUUAUUUAUUCAAAUGCUUUAAUAGUAAAAUGCAAAUUAUUUAUUGUACAUUAUUUUCAUAGAGUAAAUAAAUGGCUUUAUGGUCUUGAAAACGCUA